ACUCCACUCCUUAAAGCUUCCGACAUGGGCAACGACGGCGAAGUGGAGUAUCUCCUCAGCGUGGGCUCCAAUCCAAAUGCCAGGGGUACCUCUCAGCGAACGCCUCUCAGACAUGCAAUACACCAUGCUCGCGAGAAAAGUGUGCGUAUGCUGUUAGAAGCUGGUGCUGAGCGAGAAGCUAUUUUCGAUGACGGGCUGAGACCUGUAUAUCUUGCCGCCAUCUGCAGUAACUAUAAGAUCAUGCAGAUGUUGCUCGAGGGGGGCAUUGAUGUGAAUGUGAGAGCUGCCGAUAAGCUUCGUCGAGGAACACCUCUCCAUAUGGCUGUGCUGAACGGUCAAGCUACUGUGGUGAAAUUGCUAUUGAGCAAGGGUGCAGAAGUGAACGCUGUCGAUGCUUUCGGAAAGACUCCUCUUGAUCAUGCU